UUCAUUCCAGCUCAACCUCAGGAGUCUUUAUCAUAUCUGCCCGCUACCAGCCCAGCGCUUCCAUCUCUCCUUCGAUCCGAUCCAGAUGACCACCUCUCUUCCCUCGGCGGAUCCGACCGGCCCCGGGGUCCCCCGGAACACCGGAAACCUCUAGGCCCCGGUGUCCCGGUUCCAGGCCCCGAGCGACUCUUUCCUGUGGCCAUGGAGGCCAGAUCUGUUCUGCUUCUAAUGCUUCUCGUCAACUUUAGCCUCUCCCUGACUCCGACUGCAGAAGAUAUAACGUCCCAGUCCCAGUCGGCAGAGACCACCUUAGGGCCCACCUUGGGGACCCCUGCCCAGACCACCAUAGGGACCUUACAGACCAGUCUAGAGCCCUCCUCAGAGACCUCUGCCACAUCCACCCUACAGUCAACCUGGGGGAAUCAGGGCGAAUCCACCUCAGAGCCCAUCACAAAGGUCACCCUGGAAAUCAAGGUGAACCCUGACACCUUUAAGGGAGUCCGGGAAAGGAACGUAAUCUCAACUACCCCGUUUUCAACCGAUUCGAGCUCUGCCACCGUGGAGCCUCUAAGCACCCCCAGCCCCACCGGCAUCGUCUCAGACGUCCCGUUCACCAGCAUCCUCCCAGCGGCAGCCCUCACCACAGAACCGCCAGUCUCCGCUCGGGGUCCGACGACAGAUGUCCCCACGACACUCCUCUCCUCGGCACCACCGCCCUCCAAAAGGGUCCCGACGCCCAGCAACACCCCGACCGCCCCCUUGUCCGGCCCCUCGUCCGGCCCCUCGUCCGGCCCCCCGUCCGGCCCCCCGACCGAGUCCCCGUCCGGCCCCCCAUCCGGCCCUCCGAGCGACCCCUGGAAGGUCUCCCCAGGUCAAGCCGUCAGCAGGCAGACGCCACCCGAGGGAAGCAGUGACGACACAACCCUGGCCCUCCGCACCACGUUCCGGACCUCCUCUUCCACGUCACAAAGGACCACGCCGAUCCCACUGUCCAAUAAGCGGAGCGGAGGCAUCAACCUGGCGAUCCUCCUGGCCGUGGUCGUGUCGAUCACCGCCCUCCUGGUGAUCUUGAUCGCGCUGUGGCAGAGGAGGCGACAGCGGCGGAGUGGAGCCAUGACCUUCUCCAGGGGCGGAGGGAAACGGAACGGGAUGACCGAAGCUUGGGCCGGCCCAGCCCAGGUCCCCGAGGACGGGACUUCAGGGAAUGGAGCCCCGAGGGAGGCGGAAGAGCCCCGGGGAGGUGGGCGUCCUGAGGGCGAAGAGCCCACCCCCCGCUCCCCGCUCACCACCUUCUUCGGCAAGCGGAAGUCAGCCCAGGGCUCGGCGCUCAUGAGGGACGAGGAAGCGGGCCCCCGACCCUCCUGUGACAGGCCCUCGGUGUCACGGGACGAAGCCAUCCCCCUCAUGAGUUACAAGGAGGUCACGGGGGAAGGCGAGAACAGGGGGUCCCCGGCUGGGGAGCCAGAGCCUGCCCCGUUCGCCGGAGCCGAUGAGUGACGGGGAGUCCGGGCCGCCGCCCACCACCUUUGCCGGAAAGGAUGGCCGCAGGGAGGGCAGUGGAGUCUUCAUCGUCUUCGUCAUCGUCAUUGUCGUCGUGUUUACCGAUCAUCAUGUGACGUUGACCAAGCGCCCCCGCUUCCCGGGUCCUCGUCCUGGGUGCGUUUGAUUUUUGUAGAUACCCUACAAUUGGCUCUGUCCAUGGGAGCUUUUAACUCAGACACUGGGGAGUGUGGGAUUUGCAUUAUAAGAGUGGGUAAGGUCUGUGGGAACAGUCUCCGGGAAGUACGGAGUCUCAAGAUGCCGUCUGGAAUACGGGGCCGGGAAGCGGAAAGGUUGACCACGAAACCACCAGGCUUCCGACUUGGUGUCUGGAAGUCCCUAAUCCUUCAGUCCCCAAUUAGCCAUCUCAGCGUCAGGGAUUCUGUCUGUCCUCCUCCUUCGGGUUCUACAAUAAAGCUCUUGAAGACCAAACUCAA